AUGAUUUUUCUAAUAUUAUUUGUUGUCCUAGUUUACUGCACUUAUACGUGGUCGAUAAAAGAUCACGACUACUUUGAGAAAAUAGGCCUGCCAUACAACAAGCCGCUACCUUUAUUUGGAAACAUGCUUGACGUUUUGUUACAGCGAAGAUAUAUAGUGGACUUAGUUAAAUCAGAAUAUUACAAGCAUAAGGAUACAAAGUUAAUUGAAUUUAUAAAAGUUUUAACAAGGAGAAUUGCAUAUUACGUAUUUGAUCCUGAGUUGGUUAAAAGAAUCACAAUCAAAGACUUUGAUCAUUUUGUUAAUCAUAGUGAUGAAGUGACAAGCUCUGAUAAAAUGUUCAACAAGUCAUUGGUUGCGCUUCGUGACAAAAAAUGGAGAGAAAUGCGAACAGCAUUGAGUCCAAUAUUCACAAGUUCUAAAAUGAAAAUGAUGUACGAAAAUGUUGUCAUUCACGCUGAAAAUUUUACAAGAUUUUAUGAAAACCGUGCAAGAAAAGGUGAAAUUUUAAUUAUUGACGCGUUAGAUACUUUCGCCAGAUUCACAGCUGAUGGUAUAGCGACUUCAGUUUUUGGAUUUCAUACUGAUUGCGUCGUGAAUCAGCAAAGCAAUACAUUCAGAAUUGUGAAGAAAAUGGUUCAUGAUUUCUUCGGACCAUUGGGCAUUCUGAAGUUUAUGUUUGCCUUUGCUUUCCCAAAAGUUUACAAAUUUCUUGGGAUUCAAGCUAUGAGCAGAGAAAUUUACAAUUUUUUCAAACGGGUUGUGAUUGACGUCAUGGAUGAAAGAGAUCGUAACAAUAUUUAUCGACCUGAUGUCAUUCAAUUGUUGUUACAAGUCAAAAAAGGUCAAUUGAAAAUGGAGGAAAAAAAUGAUUUUAACGACAAAGAUCUAACAAAUUUUGCCGCUAGUGUCGAAUAUGAUGUAGGAACAAAAAUCAGCAAUGUGUCAAGCUUUGAGAAAGAUGAUUGGAUAGCACAGGGUUUCAUUUUCUUCGGCGCUGGCUUUGAUACCACUUCAAAUCUUCUCCAAAUGACAUGCUAUGAACUUUCAAAGAAUGAAAAAGUUCAACGAGAGUUGCAAGAAGAAGUUGAUAAGCAACUGAAAUUGCUUGAUGGCAAAUCAAUCACGUACGAAGCUUUACAUAAAAUGAAGUACCUGGAUAUGGUGGUUUCUGAAGGUUUACGAAUGUGGCCUCCAGGACCAUUGACUGACAGAAGUUGCAUUAAAGACUAUGACCUUGACUUGGGCAAUGGCAGACAAAUAACUAUAAAGAAAGGUCAAGUUUUAAAUAUUCCCAUACAACUAUUUCAUCACGACCCUGAAUAUUUUCCUGAACCUAAUAAAUUCAAUCCCAAUCGAUUCAGCGAUGAAAAUAAAAAGUUAAUUGUCCCAGGAACUUAUCUUCCCUUUGGAAUGGGUCCAAGAGCUUGCAUUGGUUCAAGAUUCGCAUUAAUGGAAGCGAAACUUCUAUUAUUUUAUCUAAUGAGUAAAUUUAAUGUGGAAAAGUGUGAGAAAACACCUGAAAACGUUUAUUACGAACCAAAUAUGAGUUUCCGAAUCAAAGAGAAGAUAUUUCUAAAAUUAAAAUUAAGAAAUUAAAACAACCUGCAAGUACUCAAGUUUUAUGAUUAAAACUUGAUUAUGUUAUUAUAAAACCACAUAUUUUGAUCUGAUCAAAAUACAUCAACAGAAAUUGUUUAUUUAUUUUACAAAUUGUAGAUAUUCUGUUACUAUGAGAGCUUUGGUAUCAUUAAAAUUUCCAUUCGUCAAUUAAAGUUCAAAGACAAGUUUGAAUAUUAUGGAGGAAAAUUUUUUAUUUUGUUUAUGUGAUUUUUAUUUUGUUUAUAAAAUUUAAUGUUGAGAUUUUCGG